AUGCCGACUCUCUUCCAGCACUGAAUUCUUCACAAACUGAAGUGAAGGACAGACAGCAGGAAAAACGGUGGACUGAAAAACCCAAAUUAUGGCUGAAAAUGAAACUGUGGUGAAUAUUUUCCCAGGAAAAACUAUUCUCUGGACUCUUCUUUUCCUGUUUUGCUGUUUACUGUGUGCAGCUGGAGACGAGACGGUCACACUGCAGGAAGUGGAAGGAACCACUAUAACUCUCCAUACUGGGAUAACUGGAAUUCAGAGUGAUGCUCAGAUUCUGUGGUUUUAUGGACCUGAGAAAGGAGAGGAAAAGACACUGAUCAGUCAGGUGUUUAAAGGAGAAACUGUGACAGAAAUCAGUGAGAGAUUUAAAGAGCGACUGCAGCUGGACAGAAUCAGUGGAGCUUUAACCAUCAGGAACAUCAGCAGAAACCUUUCUGGAGUUUAUUUAUUACAAGUUAUUACUCCAUGUCUCUCAUCCAGGACUUUCAGUGUCAGUGUUUAUGCUCCAGUAUCAGCUCCAGUAAUCAGAAAUCAAAGAGGAAACCGAAGCGUGUCUUCUACAGAGCCGUGUUUCCUCCUGUGCUGUGUGGAGAAUGGAGAAGAUGUGAAGUUAUCCUGGUACGGAGAGAAUGAGAGAAUCAACAUCACCAAUAACACAGAUCUCAGUGUUCCCCUCAAUCUCACACUUCAGAUACAACACCCAGAGAAUAACAGGAACUCUUAUAUCUGUGUGUCUGCAAACCCUGCCAUCAAUAAAACAACUUCUCUCAACAUCACACAGUUCUGUAAUUUAUAACUAAGGUACGUUAGAGAGUUGAAUCCAUCAUCACUCUGAACAGAACAGAAUCAUGAAUAUUCAUGUAGGACUGAAACAGAGGUGACUGAAGAUUAAGAUGUAAAAUAAAUUCAUUAGUGAUGGUCUGUGAGUCUGGUUGGUGAAAGAAAUUCACUAGUUUAAAUGUUUCAGUGUGAAAGUCUCAGUGAGCUUUGCUCCAUGAACACAUUCAGUGGAGUUAAUAAUACCGUAAAAAACACACGCAAUGGAAUACUAAUCAAGUGCAGCAUCAUGUUACAGGUUUCUCAUGGAUCUGAAAAUGAGCUCCAUAUUUUGGAUCAUGAGCAGAUCCUUUCUUUCUCCACAGUUUAGACUUUACAUCACUUUGGUAGAGGUUCAUCUUGAACCCAGCCACUGUGGUUGCACAAGUCAGUGCGUUCUUAGUGCUGGUCCCAAGCCCAGAUAGAUUGGGGAGGGUUGCAUCAGGAAGGGCAUCCGGUGUAAAAACCUGUGCCAAAUCAAAUAUGCAAAUCAUGAUGAUCCACUGUGACGACCCUGAACGGGAGCAUCCAAAAUAAGAAGUAGAAGAAGAAGAUUGAGAAUGUUUCUGUCGUCAACUGUUGUUGUUUUCUUUGGCCUGACCUGUUCGAUAUCUGGUUGUUAUUACACCAGUGGUUUCUUUAUUUUUCAGGACAUUCUAGAUUGUUGUAUUGGUGAUGUCCAAAGCUUGUGUAAUGGCUCCGAUUGAGUUUCACUCUUUUCUCAGCCUCAGUACGGCUUGCUUUCCUCCCAUAGACAGCUCUCUGGUCUUCAUGUUGGUUUAUCCUUUUUAACAACAAAUGCAGUCUUCAUAGGUGAAACCCAGGGCUUAAACCAAAAGUAUAAAUUCAGAGCUGCAGCAUUGAUUGCAUAAACAAUCAGUCUAACAGGACACACCUGGGCAACAAAAAACAAACAAACAAAAAAGAAACAAACAAAAAAACAACCCACCUGUCUCACACACACACACACACACACACACACAUGUUCCAAUAUUUUUGAUCACCUUGAGAAUGGGCAGGUUCAAAUCAAAGGUACCAUGUUCUGAGUUGUUUAACACAUUGUUUUAAUCCUGUUUAAGUUGUUUAAAUCUUUAAACAUUCUUUCAAAACAUUGCUCUUUUAUUGCCUUAUAUCCCCAAAAGAUGUUUUUAUCAGUUUACUGUCUUCCAAAAACUGCUUCCAAAAAGCGGUGAAUACUUCUUUCUUCUGUUUUCUUUUCUGAGAAUUAUUUAAGCUCAUUAAUAACACAGUGCUAUUUAAUACUGGAUUAUGAACUCCUCAGAAGAGAGUAAAGAGAGAUUGGUGGGGGAACGACUGUUUAUAGCUUCAAUAACAUCAGUGACAACUUGCUUCAAGAAGAUUAAAUGUGACUAUAAAUGGAUAAAAUGUAUGACAUUCUUGAAUAAAUAAAGAUUUGUAAUCAUU